AUGGCAAACAAGAAGGUGUGGUUUGGCAAAGCACUCAACACAGCAUUCGUCAACCCGACCUUCUUACAUGUCCUUUCACCUUGUUGGCAUAUCCAUUUUGGGCAUUGGCAAACAGCUUCUGACUAUCCAUCUCGAUUAUCCUUCUCAUGCCAUCUCCACUUUAGCUAUAUCUGGACAUUUCUUUCCGUCUUCAUACUCGUUUCAUUUCUGGCUUGGACAAGUCCGCUAACCUGUCUUGUAGGAGUGGCAGCUGAGGAACCACCACCUCCUCCUCCACCAGAGAAACCCCCCCAGGAGCCUCCUCAUCAGGAGAUUCCCCCUCCGCCUCCACCACCUGAAGAACCUCCUCCGCCUCCGCCUCCGUCACCACCGCCGCCUCCCCCGGAAACCACUCCCCCGGUCCCGAGUCCAAGAACUUCUGCCGAGACCAGACCAUCAACAACAUCGUCCCUCUUUGUUCCUUUACUUUCUACUUCACAAUUCGCAGCUCCCGUUAUCUCUCAAUUUCCUACACCAGCUCGCUCCUCUCCGAACCAGAUCCCUGCGCUAAGCUCAAUCGCUCCUGUCAUUAUACCUAUUGCACCACAGCCGCCACCGCCACUACUGUCAACUACAAACCGGCCUACCAAUACGUUACCACCUGUCCAGCCAACUGAUGCCGGCAGCAGAUCAACAGCCCCCCCGGCGCCAGCUGUACCAAGCUCGACUUCGCUGACGGACGGCGCCAUGUCCGGCAACAACUCACAGGGCUUUGAGGGCGACCGUAGCCUCGUCGUCGCCCUUAGUACUGUCCUCUCGGUGCUUGGUGUGGUGCUCAUUGUGGGAGCUGUGUGUGUCUGCUAUCGCUAUCGUUAUGGCCGUCUCCCAUUGAGCGGCCGGGGCCCAUUCAGCCGUCGUGGUAUUGCGCCCAUCGACGAUGAGGAGAUCGAGUCUUGGAAAGCCAGCCGGACUAUUGAGAAAUCGACAACGGUCGUCGUUGACAAGCAAGACUCGGCUUCUUCAAUUCGCAAGCCACCCAGCGUGAUUGUCUAUCAGAACCAUAACUCAUACCAGCCUCGUACCUCUACGGAUACGUCGCCUCGCUCCCUCUACCACAAGCGAAGCAUGGACAAGAGGAGCAUCGACCUACCGAACACUCCUGUUCUCGCUCGAGCACCCAAUGCCCGCGUUGGACUUACAGACGACGCGAUCGAAGGAGACCUCGCCUUCAUCCCGUCACCAAAGCGUCAAAACUCGAGACUAUCCAAACUCCCGCCCUUGUCCCCCCGUCAUGCCAGACAUCGCAGCACACGCAGCAGUGCCAGUGUUGGUAGUUUACGAGACCACUGGUUCGGCUAUCACGGCGACUUCGAACUUUCACCGCGCACUUCUACAGACCCCUACGCGUGUAUGCCUUCGUCUGCACAUUCGGACGGAAAGCACCACCGAGUCUAUUCGGACCCAUCGAACCCCCCGCGGCUCUCACUUGGUGAAGAGUUCCGCCUGGGUGCCCUAUCACCUCGUCCCCAGCCUCGGCAAUCAGAGAUUGGCCUUGCCGUAGGUUGA